AUGGAGGUUUUAAAUACCGGAGGUGAAUCUAAAGGUGCCUAAAGUGAAGAAAUGGUCGUGAAGGAUAUUGAGAAGGUCUUAAGACAUCUCAUUAAGACUAAAACUCUUACUGACGAAGCUUUCGUGUACAUGUCAUUAAUUGUCAAUGAAGAUGCCCCAAAGAACGCAGCCGAGCUAGUAUCUUUGAUAGGUGACUUUAUGACAGAUGGUAUGUCCUACACUGAGGAAGAAGCAUUCAAGCUGUCUGAGACGAUCAUGAAAACACUACUUGACCAGAAACUAUUAAGAAUUGAAAACAGAGAUACAAUCACUGCGGAAAAGCUGAGUAACCCUGUGGUUAUUAAUGAAAUUAGACAAACUGGACACUCUGGAGUUAUCAGAGAGGAGGAAUUUUCAGAUCCUUUCCUUGAUAGUGAGAGGACUGGUAAUUAUAACACCUUCGAAGAUAAACCUUGGGAUAAGAAAAAGAAGAAGAAGGCCGAGGAGGAUAAGGCUUAAGAUGCUCUUGAUAAAAAGAUAGAAGAGUUCCUUUAACAUAAGAAAAGAGUGCCAAUUCCAACAGUAGUUCAUGAUAAGUAAGAUAGCUUUAAAACUGAUAUCAUUAUCCCUGGCCUUAUGCUUAUUGCUGGAGGUAAAACUCUACUUGAUGGCGCAACUCUCAAGAUCGUUUAAGGCAGAAAGUAUGGACUUGUCGGUAGAAACGGUAUUGGUAAGACCACCUUGAUCAAUGCAAUUUCAAGAAGGGAGAUUGAUAAGUUCCCUCAGACUCUUCAUAUUCUACAGGUUGAAUAAGAAGUAGAGGCUGAUGAUAUCUCAGUCCUUCAGCAUGUUCUUAAUUGUGAUGUUGAGAGAGAAAAACUCCUUAAAGAAUUAAAUGAACUCCUUGCCUAAGAUGAUUCAACAUUAUCUGUAGAUGAUAGAGCAAUACUCAAUGUUUAAAUGGAAAAAAUAAAUGAAAGACUUAAAGUUAUACAAUCAGAGAAAUGUGAAUCAAAAGCCAUUAAGAUUCUUUCAGGUCUUGGUUUCAGUUAAACUGACCUCAAUAUUCCAUCAAAAAAUUUCUCUGGAGGUUGGAGAAUGAGAAUCGCAAUCGCUAAGGUUGUGUUCUGUGAACCAGAAAUUCUUCUAUUGGAUGAACCAACUAAUCAUUUGGAUCUCAAUGCUCUUAUUUGGCUUGAGGAUUAUAUCAGAUCUCUGUCAAUUACUGUUAUUAUAGUAUCUCACGCUAGAGAUUUCUUGAAUGUUACUGUUGAUGAAAUUAUAUAUUUCUUCAACUUGAAGCUUGACUAUUUCAAGGGUAACUUUGACAACUUUGAAAAGGUAAAAAAUGAAAAGAUGAAGCUUUAACUCAAACAAAGAGAGUCUCAGCAAGAAAAGAUUGAGCAUAUUCAAAAGUUCAUUGAUAAGUUUAGAUAUAAUGCCAAGAGAGCCAGUUUGGUUCAAUCAAGAAUAAAAUCCAUUAAUAGAAUGGACAUCAUUGAAGAAGUUAUUUAUGAUCCCACAUGUGUCUUCAUUUUCCCAAAUCCAGAAAAGCUGUCCCCACCUAUGCUAAGACUUGAUGAAGCUAACAUAGGUUAUUCCUAAGGAAAGAACAUUCUAGAAAAAGUUAAUCUGAACAUCGAUUUAGAAACAAGAAUCUCUCUUGUCGGACCUAAUGGUGCAGGUAAAUCAACCCUUUUGAAAGCACUACAAGGUGAGCUUUAAGUUUUUGAGGGACAUUGCUUCAUUCACAACAGACUUAGAGUCGGAGUCUUCACUCAACAUCAUUUAGAUUCACUUGACUUGAGAUUAUCUGCUGUAGAAUAAAUGAUGUAGAUUUACACCAAUGUCCAUAGUGAGAAAUUCAGAUCCCAUUUGGGUAGCUUCGGUAUCAGUGGUAACUUGGCAUUAAGACCUAUGUAUCUUCUAUCUGGAGGUCAAAAGAGUAGAGUUGCCUUUGCAAUGAUUACCUGGACUAAGCCACACAUUCUUCUUCUCGAUGAGCCUACUAACCAUUUGGAUUUCGAUGCUAUUAAUGCUUUGAUUGUUGCUCUAAACAAUUUCGAAGGUGGUAUUAUCGUCGUUUCUCACGAUCAAUAUUUCUUGAGCAGUGUUUGCGAUAGGCUCUAUGUUGUAAACAAAAAGAAAGUUAAGCUAUUUGAGGGAGAUAUUACAGACUACAGAAAGAGUCUCUUAAAAUGA